AUGGCGGACGACACGACGGGGGAGACCAAGCCGCAGCCCAAGCAGGAGGGGGCGGUGAUCAACCUGGUGGUCAAGGACCAGAGCGGCGCAGAGGUGCACUUCAAGGUCAAGACGCACACCAAGCUGGAGAAAGUCAUAAAUGCUUAUUGCGCGAAGAAGUCCAUAGUGCCCUCGACAGUCAGGUUUGUGUUUGACGGCACGCGCGUCAACCCCAACAGCUCACCGGAAGACCUGGGGAUGGACGACGGCGACAGCAUCGACGUCUUCCAGGAGCAGGUCGGCGGUCGGCGGCCGUGA